UGUCUGAGCUGAGUUGUCAAAAAGUUGGCAUUUCUUCCAUCUGUUUUAUUUUGCUGAAGUCUAUUUCUAUACACUAUAGAAGAAGAAUGUAAAUGAUUUGAUUUGUGCCGUAAUAUUUGUGUGUCUAAUUACUUACGAACAGUUAAUUUUAGUGUCAUUUUCUUUGGAAAUAAUACAAAGAUAAUAAAUGAGAACUUAUUUUGCGCGAUGUGAAAAUUUUCAAUUUCAAUUUAUUAUUUAGUUCAGAUAUAAAGAACUAUCGUUUUGGUAAUAAUAAAACUACAUUGUAGUUGUUAGUGGUGACAUAAUGGUGUAAUAGUUAUUUUUUACAUUGUAAAGUUGUGUACAAAAAAUAAUAAUGGACAAGAACAUGGAUUCUCCGACGGCUACAAGUCCUCUGCCAGAACUUGAAGUUCGGAACUGUGAGACUGACUACUCAAGUAUUCGAGGAAAGAUGAUACUUGUGAGUCCAUCAGCAGAUGAGUAUGAUCUGCUACGCAAACAAUUGUUAGAGAGGCUAGAAACAGGAAAUGGUGAAAUUAUUUAUGACAUUGGCCAUGGAGAGGACGGUCGGGGAUUAACGGAGGAUGAAUACAGCGCGUCAGUGGCGACGCUACAGUCUCUGGUGAGCGGGGAGCGUAUAUCGUGCGUUGAGCUGCGACGCUGGGAGUGCGGUACCGGCCUCACCGGCCAGUAUCUGUUACGCACAGAAGUAGACCAUAAUGAUUUCAUGGAAAUAAGGGUCGCGGUAGUGGGCAAUGUAGAUGCCGGUAAGUCCACCCUGCUGGGUGUGCUGACACACGGUGAACUGGACAAUGGUAGAGGCUAUGCCCGGCAGAGGCUGUUCAGGCACAAGCACGAGGCUGAGAGCGGGAGGACCAGUUCCGUCGGGAAUGACAUAUUGGGGUUUGAUAGCGUGGGUAAUGUAGUGAACAAGCCGGAGCACGGCGCGCUGGACUGGGUGAAGAUCUGCGAGAAGUCGUCCAAGGUGAUCACGUUCAUCGACCUGGCGGGACACGAGCGCUACCUCAAGACCACCGUCUUCGGCAUGACGGGACACGCGCCUGAUUUCGGCAUGCUUAUGAUCGGGGCUAACGCUGGCAUCGUGGGCAUGACGAAGGAGCACCUGGGGCUGGCGCUGGCGCUGGCCGUUCCCGUGUUCGUGGUCGUCACCAAGAUCGACAUGUGCCCCCCCAACGUACUGCAGGAUAAUCUCAAAUUACUAAUCAGGAUUCUGAAGUCUUCGGGAUGUCGCAAGGUGCCGGUGAUGGUGAAGACGAGAGAUGACGUCAUUGUUAGCGCAACCAACUUUGUCUCGCAGAGGCUGUGUCCCAUCUUCCAAGUGUCCAACGUCACCGGCGAAAAUCUGGAGAUGCUGACGAUGUUCCUGAACCUGCUGAAGACCCGGAUGCCCUCCCAGGACGACAAGCCCGCCGAGUUUCAGAUCGACGACACGUACUCCGUUCCCGGCGUCGGCACGGUGGUGUCGGGCACGACGCUGGCGGGGCUCAUCCGGCUCAACGACACGCUGCUGCUGGGCCCCGACCCGCUGGGCCGCUUCACGCCCAUCACCGUCAAGAGCAUCCACCGCAAGCGCAUGAGCGUCGCCGAGGUGCGCGGCGGCCAGACCGCCAGCUUCGCGCUCAAGAAGAUCAAGCGGUCUCAGAUCCGCAAGGGCAUGGUGAUGGUGUCUCCGGCCCUCAAUCCACAGGCUUGCUGGCAGUUCGAGGGAGAGAUUCUGGUGCUGCACCAUCCGACCACUAUCUCCUCGCGGUACCAGGCCAUGGUGCACUGCGGGAGCAUCCGGCAGACGGCGUCCAUCAUGUCCAUGUCCCGCGAGUGUCUGCGCACGGGAGACAAGGCGCUCGUGCGUUUCCGGUUCAUCAAACACCCCGAGUAUCUCAAAUGUGGCCAGCGCAUGGUGUUCCGCGAGGGCCGCACCAAGGCCGUGGGCAACGUGCUGCGGCCCGAGCCCGCCGCCGCGCCGCGCGCGCCCCCCGCGCGCCCCGCCCGCGCGCCCCGCGCGCCCGCCGCGCCGCCCGCCGCGCCGCCCGCCGCGGUCCGUUAUGAUCCGGUGUCCGUUACGCAGACGCAGGAGAGCGACGUGACGGCGGUGGACUCCCCGUUCGAGGUGCAGGCGGACAAGCGCGCGCCGGCGCGGCGCCGCAAGCGCCACGACAAGCCCGCGCCGCCCGCGCCGCCCGCGCCGCCCGCGCUCGCCGCCAACUGACGGCGCGGUCCCCUUGCCGGCGCCGCGGCCGCCGCGCCCCCGUCGACGCCAUCCGUGUCUCCGAACGUCCCCUUUCACGUCCGCUUCCUCCGAGCUAGCACACCGGCGAUAUACGAUCACGCCCCGGUGCAACUGAAUCACACGACAGAGUGAUGUCGAUAAAUAACUUUUCCGUCUCAUGUAACACAUUCGUAUGGCAAUACUUCUCUAAUUUAAAUGAUUUUUCAUGACAGGAUGUUCCAUCACGCAAACCUCAGCUUAAAAAAACUCAAAUUUUACCUAUAAUUAAUGUUUGUCACUCGAGUUAGUAUUAAUAUUUAAUGACAUUGAAAUACUUUUGAUGUCAUAUUUUAGAUUAAAGUAAGGAUUUUAUAAAUCUCGUGUUUUACAGCUCGAUUCAUUUAAUGACACACCUGCGCGACCGAGCUGAAGCACGAAAUGUAACUUUGCAGUUGUAGUUGUACAUAACGCCUACAACGUAAUUUUGCUUCAGUUAUAAUCUGUGGUGGUACGUUCUUUUCACAUCUGUGCAUUUGUGAACACUUAUUGAUCGCCUUAUCACGCCCAAUUGAUCUUUUUUAUCUCGUUACUGGUUCAGGUGUGUUUACAAAUAUCCAGUACUAAAAAGGUCUUAAAGAAAACUAUUUUGUCUUGAAUUCAUAUAUAAAAAAAAAUAUUUAUCUACUUUUACAUACUCUAUAGGCUAUGUUUACAUAUUUUUUAGAAGGUAACAGAAAAUGAUAUGGGAAAAAUUAGAUAUAGUAGUGCUUGCAAUAGAUACAACAGGAUAAACUGAUUACCCAUUGAAAUGUAAUUUUGUAUAUGAUGAUUAAUAUAUCAAAUAUAUCUAUCAACACAAUCACUAUGAACAGCAAUUGGCUUAAUAUUCUUAUAUAUUAUACUGAUCCUAGACAUUUAAAUAUAUAUAUAUGUUUUUUUUUUUUAUUGUUAAAAGUUAAAUCAUUAGCUUUUUUAUUUUUACUUUUUGUUAAAUUAUAGUUUAAUUAUUUCAGCAGAUUGUAUCCAUGUGAUAUGGAAUUUGUGUUAAAAAAAUAUAUUUUUGAAUUUUAUUUUGUGUGAAAAUGGCUAAAUCUUUUAUUUAAAAAAAGAACCUAUUCAAAUUUGGCAGGAAUAAAUCCAAUUCAUUCAGUGAAAAGUCACUACCAAAAAUUCUAGUAACUGAACCUUGUUUGAUUCUAUGUGUGAGGACUUAUCGCUAUAAUGAUGAGAAAUAUUAGAUCAAGGUGUAUUUACUAAAUUUUCUAUAAGUCAAUGUAAUAUUUUGAAUAAAGAAUAGGCUUUUUAUAAUACUUUGGAAUUUGACUGAUAUGCCUUGGAAGCAGUUUUUAUAAAUGAUUUCUAAAUUUACUUUUUUUUCCUUGCAAUAGAAAAGUAAUACCAAUUGAUUCAUUAGUGUUGCUAGCUCUUUGCUUCACAUCAUAGAAUAGUAUUCAUUAUAAGUACCAUUGUAAUGUGAUUUUUUAUAGUGUAAGUAAGAGGAUAUUUUUAUUGAUUUUGAGAAAUAAAACUAGCUGGAAGUGUAA